GCCAGCGUGGAGAAUAAUUCAACAUGGAUCAAUGGAGAAAUGGUGACGGCAGAUCUGGAUGGGCACCGUCAUAACAAUAUCCUCAGUGGACUAGUCAUUAUCGUAAACGAAAGAAUUUCUUGGCCUGAUUUGUGAGUGCCUGCUUUUAAAAGAUAUAAAGACAACGUUGAAGACUCGGGGGUAGAUUUUUUCUCAUCCAAACUCACUUUGGUAUCCUGGUAUCCGGUCCACUCUUUAUCCAAAUUAUCACAUUCGUUUACAAUGCGUGUCACUAAAGGCCUUUUUUUGGCUGUCGCUCCUUUGGCGGUCGCUGCCCCUACUCCCUCUUUAUUCGGUGAUAUUCUUGCUCUCGAAGCUGGUAUUGCCAAAGUUGUCACCACAGUCGUAAGCACUGUCAAAUCGGAUAUCCAAGUUGCUGUUUCCAAGAUCGGCGCUACUCUCCAAACCGAUGCCUCAAAGCACGGUUCUGUCUGGAAUUAUGGCAACAUUCCUUGUCCUGAGGUUGCACUUUCUAUCCAACGAUAUCUCCAUGACAUUGCCUGGACUAAGAAGUCCACUAAUUACGUUGACUGGACCACAUACAAAGCAAAUGGUGUUAAUUUCGGUGCUUGGUUAGAACAAGAACAAAACUACGAUCCAGACUGGUGGAAUGCUCAUGCACCUGACGCUAUUGAUGAAUGGGGCCUAUGCGAGACUUUGGGUGCUGAGUGUGGCCCAGUCCUUGAGGCUCGUUAUGCUUCAUGGAUUACCACCGCCGACAUCGACAAGCUCGCUGCUCAAAACAUAAACACGCUCCGAAUUCCCACUACAUAUGCAGCUUGGAUCAAAUUUCCUGGUUCCAAAUUAUACCAUGGUAAUCAACAAACCUAUCUCCGAAAUAUUGCCCUCUAUGCUAUCCAGAAGUAUGGAAUGCACGUCAUUAUCGGUCUUCACUCUCUUCCUGGAGGAGUUAACUCCUUGGGUAUCGGUGAAGCUUUCGGACAUAGCGGGUGGUUCCAAAAUGCAACAAACUUAGACUACUCCUUCAAGGCCAUCGAUGCUAUUUUGACUUUCAUCCAAAGCUCUGGUCAACCACAAGGUUUCACCAUUGCUCCUAUUAAUGAAGCGAGCGAUAAUUUUGAAGCAUUUGCUAGUAGUGAAGGGCUUACGGCAAACGGUACUAACUGGAUCAACACGUACAUCAACGGUGUCUUGACUCGUGUCGGUAAAGUCAACAAAAAAAUCCCCGUCAUGCUGCAAGACUGCUUCUUGGGGGAGACUUUCUGGUCCCCAUUCUACGCUGCUGGAAUGAAUCUCGUCAUUGACUCCCAUAUCUACUUCUUCGCCGCCGCCGGUAUUUAUUCGCAAUAUGUUUCCCCAGCUAUCUGUGGCCAAGCAGAAUACACUGCAGGUGACUCCAAGUUCCCUGUUUUCAUCGGUGAAUGGUCUCUUCAGACUCUUUACAACAAUACACUUGCUGGACGUAAGGUUAUCCACGAUACUCAAGUUUACGCUUACCAGAAGUAUGUUUCCGGUAGCGCAUUCUGGAACGUCAAGAUGAUUAACAACACUGCUGCUGUUGAUGGAGAGGGUAUCACUUCCGACUACUGGUCAUGGGAACUCUUAGUUGAUCAAGGUGUUAUUACACCUACAAUCAAUGGAUCUUACUGUUAGCCAAGAUCUUGAUAUCUCGUGGUCGAUGGACGGACGUUAGGUACAACAAGUCGUCAUCUGACUUCUUUCACAUGUAUAUAUAUGACUUUAGGGGAAGACCAACUUAAUGAAAGUAAUGAAUCUAAUUUUUACACAC